GCCCCGCGCUGAGCCCCGCGCAGUGCUGCGCUUCUUCCUGGAGUACCAGUGGUUCGUGGACCUGGCGGUGUACGCGGGCGGCGUCUACCUCUUCACCGAGGCCUACUACUACGCGCUGCGCCCCGCGCGCGAGGCCAACAUCGCCGUGGUCUGGUGCCUGCUCACCGUGGUCUUCUCCAUCAAGGUGUUCCUGACGCUGACCCGGCUGUACUUCAGCGCCAAGGAGGGCGGUGAGCGCUCCGUGUGUCUGGCCUUCGCCUUCCUCUUCCUCCUUCUGGCCAUGCUGGUGCAGGUGGUGCGGGAGGAGACCCUGGAGCUGGGCCUGGAGCCAGGGAGAAAACCAGCUUGUAAAGGGUUCUGCCCGUGGUCUCUCGCCCCGAGGCUCCGGGCCUGUGGCCUGGCCAGCCUGACCCAGAACCUGGAGCCACUUCUGAAGAAGCAGGACUGGGACUGGGCGCUCCCUGUGAUCAAACUGACUGUCCGCCUAGCGCUGGCCGGCCUGGGCUCCGUGCUGGGAGCCUUCCUCACCUUCCCCGGCCUGCGGCUGGCCCAGACCCACCGGGAUGCACUCACCAUGUCCGGGGACCGGCCUGUGCUACAGUUGCUCCUGCACACCAGCUUCCUGUCUCCCCUGUUCAUCCUGUGGCUGUGGACCAAGCCCAUUGCACGGGACUUCUUGCACCAGGCGCCGGGCCGGGAAGCGUCCACCUCCCUGUGCGUGCGGGCCUGGCCGGGCUGA